GGUAAAAUUCUCUAUAUUUUAUAGCAAUAGUAGAUGCUUUUAGCUUCUAGUUCAUUUGAUAUGAGGCAACCGAAGCAUUUUCUAUUCUCCAAACCAUCUCCCAUCGUCUUAGCCAGCCCAUCUGUUGGACGUGAUUUUUCAUCAGCUGCUUCACCUCACAACCCGGCAUCAACCACUACCGUCAGCCAGUCUUCCUGUCCAACGACAUUUGAUUCUACAGCGGAUAGCCCGGGGAACCCGAGUCCGGGCGUUCCGACAUCACAAUGCAUAUCUCUGUUACAGCUCUGUGCUUCUUCCAAGCUCAAAUUGUUGCAAAUCCACGCCUUUUCGAUCAGACAUGGUGUUCUGUUUUCCGACCCUGUUGUGGGCAAGCACCUGGUCUUCGCCAUUGUUUCUGUCUCGGCUCCAAUGUCGUAUGCCCACAACGUUUUUUCGCAAAUUGAUAGCCCAAACAUAUUUACGUGGAACACCAUGAUUAGAGGCUAUGCUGAGAGCGAGAAUCCAAGGCCAGCUAUUGAGCUUUAUCGCCAUAUGCGUGUUUUUUCUUGUGUUAAGCCUGAUACUCACAGUUACCCUUUUCUUUUGAAGGCUGCAGCCAAGUUAGCGGUUGUUUGGGAAGGUGAAAUGAUUCAUUCCUUAGUUAUGAAAAAUGGGUUUGAGUCUUUGAUCUUUGUUCAGAACGCUUUGCUUCAUAUGUAUGGCUGUUAUGGGUGUGAAGAGAGUGCGCACAAAGUAUUUGAGUUAAUGCCGCAAAGAGAUCUUGUGGCGUGGAAUACUGUGAUUAAUGGGUUUGCUCUGAAUGGAAGACUUAAUGAGGCUUUGGUUCUUUUUAGGGACAUGGGUUUUGAGGGUGUAGAGCCGGAUGGAUUUACAAUGGUCCGUUUGUUGUCUGCUUGUGUUGAGCUUGGAGCUUUGGCUUUGGGUGGGAGGGCCCAUGUGUAUAUGUUGAAAGUUGGCUUAUUGAGUUCGAACUUGCACUCUAAUAAUGCACUUCUGGACUUUUAUGCAAAGUGUGGGAGCAUUAGAGACGCCCAAAAAAUGUUUACUGAGAUGAAGGAAAGAAGUGUGGUUUCUUGGACUUCUUUAAUUGUAGGUUUGGCUGUAAAUGGGUUUGGCAAAGAUGCUCUCGAGCUUUUUAGAGAAUUAGAAAGGGAGGGAUUGGUCCCUACUGAGAUAACUUUUGUGGGAGUAUUGUAUGCCUGCAGCCACUGUGGAAUGGUUAAGGAAGGGUUCAAUUACUUUAGAAAGAUGCAAGAGAAGUAUGGUAUUGUGCCUAGAAUAGAACAUUAUGGUUGCAUGAUUGAUUUGUUGGGUAGAGCAGGUCUUGUGAAGGAAGCAUAUGAAUACAUACUAAACAUGCCAUUAAAGCCCAAUGCUGUCAUUUGGAGAACCUUACUAGGAGCAUGUAGAAUACAAGGGGAUUUGGCCCUUGGAGAGUUAGCUAGAAAUCAUCUCCAAAAAUUAGAGCCUGGACAUAGUGGGGAUUACGUUCUUCUUUCCAAUCUUUAUGCAUCUGAGAAUCGUUGGUCAGAUGUCCAGGAGGUGAGAAAGGCAAUGCUUAGCCAUGGUGUGAUGAAAACUCCAGGCUACAGUCUUGUUGAGUUGAGAAAUCGUGUUUACGAGUUUGUGAUGGGCAAUAGAUCUCAUCCUUGUAGUGAAGAGACACAUGCUAAGUUAGCAGAGAUUACAAAUUUGUUAAGGUUGGAAGGUUAUGUGCCUCAUACAGCGAAUGUACUUGCAGACAUAGAGGAGGAGGAAAAGGAGAAUGCUUUGUCUUAUCACAGUGAGAAAAUUGCAGUUGCUUUUAUGCUUGUUAAUACAAGUCCAGGGACUCCAAUUCGGAUUUUGAAGAAUUUGAGAAUCUGUGUUGAUUGUCAUGUUGCUUUUAAGCUCAUAUCAAAGGUUUAUGACAGGGAGAUUGUUGUGAGGGAUUGUACUCGUUUUCACCAUUUUGGAAAUGGGUCUUGUUCUUGUAGUGAUUAUUGGUAGCAUGUUUGGUUCUCUUAUAGAAAACAAAAGAUAAUAUAAUUGAGUAUCGAGACAUUAACUUUUGGCCUUCUCACACUAAAACAGCACUCUGAAUUUAGAACAGGAUGUUGGAAAUGUGGACAACAAGGAGAAGGGCAAAGCAUUUUGAUUCAUAUAUAGAAAAGUGGUGGAAUAGGUGCUCAUUACUAUUCCAAUUUAAAUUUCGAGGUUGGUCGUUGUUUUGUCAAAACUCCUUGGUUUGAUAUAUAAGAGUGCAAUGUUAAAGGCUUCCAAGGAUUAAAAUCACCCCUAUUUCCAGCCUCAUUGAUCAAUAUUAGUGAAUACAACUUUUCUACUUGAGGUGAAUUUGGAAGGCAAAAUGAUAAACCCAUGUCGAUUGGACCAUUUGGAGAAACAAGGGUAGGUUCAACCAAGGUUCGGCCGAACAUACUACUCAAUGGGAAAGAAGCUUACAAAGUUAUUGGAACAGAAAUCCAUUGUAGUCUCUGACUGAGUACACUUGAGAGUGUUGUAGGAAAAACUAUCAUCAGUGUGGCAGUGGCAACAGAAAGAAAAGCCAGACCAUCUAUCUCUAUUAUCAACCUUUUGGGCAAUGAUUUGAGGAAGUGCAGCAAGGAAUAAGAAUUGAGACAAGAACAUCAAGCACGAAGUUAGUGAUUGAAAUUUCGUUUUUUAAGAUUACCAACUGAAUUUAUCAAGCAAUUUAAUUAAUACUGAAUAGUUAUAUAAUUGUUUGAUCAGACAUAUAUUCUGAUGUAUCAGGACAGAUUGUUCAUAAACAAACAGAAAGUAAAUAAGCUAAAAAUAACGUGACACAAGAAGUUU